GAAAAUCUCUUCUGGAGUGUAGAUUUCAAUUUGUUCGCACUCGUGUCAUUUUUAAAGCGAGAAUUUCUAUCAUGACGACAAUUUAUCAGAAAGCAUUGCGGAUAAAUACUGUCUCUCUGUCAAAGUUCAGCACUGGCGAAAUUGUCAAUUUUCUUGGGACUGACACAAAUCGACUUUUGAGGUCAAUUUACCGUUUCCACACUCUAUGGAGUCUUCCAAUUGAAUUCCUUAUAUGUGUGUAUAUCCUGUAUCAACUGGUAGGAAUUGCCUUUGUGGGAGGAAUGGUAGUCGCCAUGGUAAUUGUCCCAAUAAACAAAUUCAUAUCAACGAAACAGAUAGCCCUCGUCAAGAUACAUAUGAAACAGAAAGACAAAAGAACAAAGAUGAUAAACGAGGUAUUGGGAGGAAUAAAGACCAUUAAACUUAACACAUGGGAAGACCACUUCCGGAAAGUAAUAGACAAACUUCGUGAUGCUGAAUUAUAUACCACUAGAGAGAAAAAAAUAACUGCAGCCUUUUCAGUAUACGUGUGGGUCGUGACCCCUGCCCUAAUGACUGUACUUACCUUCAGCAUAUACACUGUGAUGGGAAAUACGCUUACCACUGCAAAGAUGUUUGCAUGCCUGGCACUGUUUCUCAAACUCCUCGGAUCCCUCAAUGAUAUUCCUUGGUCUAUCAGUGUAAUAAUGGAAGCACUUAUUUCUCUUAAAAGGAUUGAGAAAUUUAUGGCUUUGGAAGAUAUUGACCUCAACAGAUAUUACGAACAAAAACAAGAAUCAAAGAAACCCGACACUGUGAUAUCUGUAAGUGCAGGAACAUUUACAUGGGAAGGAGAAAAUCUCAAAAGCAGUGAAACGAAAGAGAAUGAGUUUGGACAAUUACACAGAUCAGUUAAGACAACGACGAAAUCAGGAACCUUAACUUUACGAGACAUUACUGUUGACAUCACAAAGGUGAUCAUUUAAUAUUCAAUUUGUUGAUUCAAUCAAUGCUUGGUUUAUGUAAAACAAUCAAUUUGUUACAUUUCGUCUGUGACAAAAUAUAUCUUGAAACUGGCAUGAUAAAUAAUCUAUUUUCUGCAAAGGGCAAGUUCAUUGGAGUGAUCGGCAAGGUUGGCUCUGGAAAAAGUUCCUUCUUAAACGCUAUAAUGGCAGAAAUGGCUCGGAAAGACGGCAAUAUUUCUGUGUCAAACAUCAAAAACGGAUUUGCUCUUGCGGAUCAGGAACCUUGGAUACAACAGGCAACCGUCCGUGAUAACAUUACCUUUGGCAGUCCGUUCAACGCCAAGAAAUACGCUGAGGUUCUGGAUGCAGCAUCACUAAAACAAGACAUAGAUAUACUACCAGCUGGGGACAGAACAGAGGUUGGCGAGAGAGGAGUAACAUUGAGCGGAGGUCAAAAGGCCAGACUCGCUCUCGCUAGAGCAUUAUAUAAGGAUAAAGAUGUGUAUCUACUUGACGAUCCCUUAGCUGCAGUUGAUGCCCACGUGGCACAACAUCUCUAUGACAAAUGUAUUAUGGGAUUACUCAGGACAAAGACGCGAAUACUCUGCACACAUCACACAAAAUUUCUUGGGGAAGCAGACCUGGUCAUUGUCAUGAAUGACGGAGUAAUCAGCAAAAUGGGUAUCCCAGCUGACAUUCUAGAUGGCAUUAUAUUUGCUGAGCACAAACCAUCCGACAAAAAUGCCGCAGAAAUAGGUUACACUGAAAAUAAUGACAAGGAUGGUAAGAUGAAAGAGGAGGCCAAGGCGACUGGUGGUGUUAAGUUACGAGUGUACAAGACAUAUCUGGCAGCGCUUGAUAAAUGGGUUCCCCCAGUCAUUCUCCUGUGUUUUUUCUUCAUGCAAGCAUUUCAGAAGAUGCAAAACUGGUGGCUUGCUCACUGGGUGAACAGCACUAGUAUUAACAAUACAAGCACUACCGUUACCGGGCACCUCUGUUUCUAUGACAACAUGUCUACUCCCAACAGCUUCGAUCAAGGUUAUGAUACAACUGGCACUGUAACACUCGGCCAACCCAGUCUUGCAUAUUACAUGAUAGUCUUCGUUUGCCUAGCCAGUGUUUAUUCUUUAUCCGCGGUGACCAGGGAACUUCUCUUCGUCUAUGGUGGGAUGAGUGUGGCUAAGACUAUGCACACCAACCUACUCAAAACUAUACUCAAGGCGCCUAUGUCCUUCUAUGAUGUAACUCCUGUAGGCCGGAUUCUAAACAGAUUCUCAUCUGACAUGGAUACCAUCGACGACACCAUCAGCAGCACCAUCAAUAUGAGCAUAGCUAAAUCGUUCAAUAUAGCUGGAAGUGUACUCAUCGCUUGUUACGGCAUGCCUUGGUUUAUUCUUCUCCUGCUACCAGUAGCCUUCUUCUAUUAUCGCAUACAGGAUAGAUAUCGCCACACGUCUAGGGAAGUUAGACGAAUAGCAAGUCUUAACUAUUCACCGAUCUUCUCCCACUUCUCAGAGACUGUUGCGGGAGUAGUUACCAUCCGGGCAUUCCGACAGACAGAAAGAUUUAAAGACCAACACGUUGACCGCGUGAACAACUGGUUAAGAGCUCACUAUACAUCCCAUAAUAUCGGACUUUGGUUCUUGUUCCGGACACAGGCUAUUGGAACUGUCAUUGUGACGGGAAUAGCUCUGUUGGCUGUGAUACAACACAACAUCUUUCGUAUCGAACCAGGAGUCGCUGGACUUGCCAUAUCUUACACGCUUACCCUAUCACUUCAUCUGAACCGAAUCGUCAAUUCUGUGACGGAGAUGGAAAAAGAAAUGGUUAGCGUUGAGAGAGUGCAGCAGUAUAUAGAUGACACGCCCAGCGAGAGAUGGGAAGGCUUAGAGGUGAGUGAACCUUCCCCGGCCUGGCCAGCUACAGGUGUGAUCAGCUACAGUGAUGUCCACAUGAGGUACCGGGAUGGUUUACCUAACGUCCUCAAAGGCCUCACGUUCAGCACACGUCACGCAGAAAAAGUGGGAAUUGUUGGGAGGACUGGGGCCGGAAAAUCAAGCCUCUUCCAGACACUGUUCCGUACUGUGGAGAUCAGCUCUGGAGACAUAACCAUUGAUGGAGUGAACAUACAACCACUGGAUCUCAAAGACGUCAGGCGACACCUGGCUGUGAUUCCCCAGGACCCAUUCCUCUUUAGUGGUACCGUCAGGGAGAAUCUGGACCCCACUUCAUGCUACAGUGACAAGGAACUGUGGGGUGUUCUGGACAAAUGUCAUCUCCGUUUGACUGUCGACAGACUAGGGGGGCUAGAGGGAGAGGUGACUGAGAGAGGACGAUGUUUCUCUGUGGGUCAGAAACAACUCGUGUGCCUAGCGAGGGCGCUUCUCACAAAGGCAAAGGUGCUGUGUAUUGACGAAGCUACGGCUAGUGUGGAUCUGGAGACAGACAUGUUGAUACAGGAGACAAUACGACAGGAGUUUGUGAACAGUACGGUGCUGACCAUUGCCCAUCGUAUCAACACCAUAAUGGACAGUGACCGAGUGUUGGUGAUGGAUCAAGGUCAGGUGGCCGAAUUGGACUCUCCGGAAAACCUUCUCAUAAACCCACAAUCUGCAUUCUACAAACUAGUUCAUGGUGACUCUCGAAAGACUGAAUAGCACAUUUGUAAUACGAAUCAAUAUUUAAACUUCUAGUUGUGUGGUAUACCUAGUAUAUACCUGGUUGUUAUCAUUGGUGAAAUGGAACACUGCUCUGAUAUAUGUACAUGCAAUACAUUUUAUGAAGGGGUAUACUUGUAUAUUCCUUCUAUAUGAGGACAUGUCAACCGCAUGAUAGGCCGAUUAAUUUAUAUAAAAAUACAAAGUUUAAGGACGGGACAAUCAAUAUAUACUCACUCUGAACAAACGUAACUUAAACGUAUUUUUUUUUUAUUAAAUACCUCUAAAUGUGGAAGGGGUAAUCAGUAUACUAACUUUUAAUGAGGAUAGGGUAGUCAAUGUAUACAGACUCUAAGUAAGGAUAGGGUAGUCAAUGUAUACAGACUCUAAGUAAGGAUAGGGUAAUAAGUGCAUGUUCUUUGAGUGAGGAUAAGCUAGUCAAUAUAUAUAUAUACAGACUCUCAGUAAGGACAAGACAACUUAUAUAUAUUGACUCUUAUUAAUGGUAACGGAAGCUUAUCAGAAUAUACUGACUAUGAAUGAUGAUAUGGUCAUCGAUAUAUAUUGAAUCUGAAUGGGGAUAGAAUAACGAUAAUCAGACAUCACAUUGCAAUGCUGAAUGGGAUCAGAUAAUCAUUCUACAACUAUGACUCGGCUACUAUAUCAUUAUAAUUGAGAAUAAGUUAUGAAAGUUGUUAUAAAAAUAAGGACAUAGUACGGCUAUUACAGUAUCAUACACCGUAUCGUACACCGUAUCAUACACCGUAUCGUACACCGUAUCGUACACCGUAUCAUACACCGUAUCGUACACCGUUUCCUACACCGUAUCCUACACCGUGUCAUACACCGUAUCAUACACCGUAUCGUACACCGUGUCAUACACCGUAUCAUACACCGUAUCGUACACCGUGUCAUACACCGUAUCAUACACCGUGUCAUACACCGUGUCAUACAUCGUAUCAUACCCCCGUAUCAUACACCGUAUCAUACACCGUAUCGUACACCGUUUCCUACACCGUAUCAUACCCCCGUAUCAUACACCGUAUCAUACACCGUGUCAUACACCGUAUCAUACACCGUGUCAUACACCGUAUCAUAUACCGUAUCGUACACCGUAUCGUACACCGUUUCCUACACCGUAUCAUACACCGUGUCAUACACCGUAUCAUACACCGUGUCAUACACCGUAUCAUACACUCGUAUCAUACACCGUAUCGUACACCGUAUCGUACACCGUACCAUACACCGUAUCGUACACCGUAUCAUACACCGUAUCAUACACCGUAUCGUACACCGUUUUCUACACCGUAUCAUACAUCGUAUCGUAUCAUACACCGUAUCAUACAUCGUAUCGUAUCAUACACCGUAUCGUACACCGUGUCAUACACCGUAUCCUACAUCGUAUCGUACACCGUAUCAUACACCGUAUCGUACACCGUAUCGUACACCGUAUCGUACACCGUGCCAUACACCGUAUCAUACCCCCGUGUCAUACACCGUAUCAUACACCGUGUCAUACACCGUAUCAUACACCGUAUCGUACACCGUGUCAUACACCGUAUCCUACAUCGUAUCGUA